UAUCUGGAGGCAGGGUAUAUGAGGCAGAGUUAGCACGCUCUCUGCUAAACUUCUGCAGACAUGGCGAAGACAUUAGCAAUUCUAGUUUUAUGUUUGGCAUCCUGUUAUGCCAAAGGUGUGUUUGAGUACAAGCAAUCACCCAUUGAGGAUGAGACUGAGCUUGUUUUAGAUCUUCUCUCAAAGCCAAUCAUUCCAGAGAGAUUCAAAUCUGUCGAGUUCUUGAAGAAAUGGGGUAUCAAAUCCAGGUUAGGAGCAUUCAAGUGGAGCGACUGUGGAGGAGCUGGAGUCAAACUUCAAAAUGUGUCCUUGACUCCUGACCCCUUAAACUUCCCUGGCACAUUCACGCUUGGGUUCAAAGGCACAAUUACUACAUCUGUAGUCGCCCCAAUGAAGGGUGAACUUUUGAUUGAGAAAAAGGUUGGAUCUACCUACGUCAAGCUCCCAUGUAUCGAUAACUUCGGGUCGUGUACCUAUGAUGAUGUUUGCGAAAUGCUUCAGACUGUCACCUGUCCAGAUCCUUUUGUAGCAGCAGGAAUUGAUUGCCAGUGUCCAUUUAAAACAGGUAACUACAAUGUCCCAACGGCCUCAUUCGAGGUGGACGCCGUAGCUUUUCCAUCCGGGGAUUACCACCUCCGGGGAGCUGCUUCCAAUGCCGGCAAAGUCAUGGCAUGUCUGGACCUGUACAUGACUGUCGCGUAGAAAAUUGAAUUAUUCCUAACAAAUCAUCAUUUUAAUUAUCAACUAGUGUCGACCUGUCAUUUCAUUCAUUGUGUGUCUACCUCAUUUGUAUAAGCUGUUCUACUUUUUAAUUUUUGUCAAUGUCAGUUUCUUUUGUAGUUAUUGUUGGAGAACCGGAAGACAAAAAAUGAACGAUGAGAGAAUGCUUAUUAAAGAAUUUAUAAACUACAA